AUGGGUUGUGGCGAAUCAACAUUAAAGUUUACAUUAUUUGUAUUGAAUAUUUUGUGUUUUAUACUUGGCGUCUUAACAUUAUCAGCAUGCGUUUUUGCCCUAAUCGAAUUUGAAUUCAGUGAAGCAGUUAAAAUACCCUGCAUCGUGAGCAGUGUCUUAAGUUGCAUUUUAUUCUUAAAUAGCAUUUUGGGUUGCUGUGGCGCCCAAAACAAAUCGGUGCGAUUAACAUGGGCUUAUUCCGUAAUUAUGUUGCUGCUGAUGGUAACACAAAUCGCUGUGAUAUUUAUUCAACCCAUUAAUUUCAAUAAUGUGUCCACCGAAGUAAUUGAAAAGGCAUGGAAUGUAACGGAUAUCCAAAAGGACUAUUUGAUGACAUCGUAUGAAAUAAAGUACGAAUGUUGCGGAAAAUUUGGACCAACCGAUUAUUCAGAGCUGAAUGUUACGAUACCACUCAGUUGUUACAGAAAUCACAAUAAUCGGAUCGAAACAAAUCUCUUCGAAAGCGGUUGUAUUGACAAACUCAAUGCUAUGUUUACAUCGAAUCAACGUAUUGAAGAAAUCAGUGAUUGGACUUUGGCUGGUCUGGAGGGAAUAUCAUCACUGAUUGGUGGAAUGCUGGCAAUCACGUUACAAAAUAUCGAAAGACGAAAAUUUUACCACUGAGUAGUUAGUACAAA